AUGAAAAACUGGAGAGGAAUGUUUAGGCACUAUAGAGGAGAGAACUCGUCUCCCCCACGAGGAGAGAGGCGAGUGAGGACGCAGUUGCGCAGUUCCAGCAAUGAGCUGCAGGAGGUGCUGCCGCUGCCGGACGGGCGAGCGGUCAUUGUAGGCCGGGGACCCGAGACGGGAGUGACAGACAAGAAAUGCUCUCGGAACCAGGUGAAGCUGGUGGCAAAUUAUGAAGAACGCAGCGUGACUGUGACUCAGCUGGGAGUGAACCCGAGCUCUGUGGGGUCCUCGGCUCUGGGCAGGGGCGUCUCGGGCUGCCUGGCUGAAAACGACACCCUUUUCCUGGUGAACGGGCUCCACCCCUUCACUGUGGGAUUUUCCUCCCCACCUCUCUCCCGGAAAAAAGAAGGGAACAGCGGCAGCGAGAGGGAGAGAGAGAGAGGGGGAAAUUUGAAGAGGAGAAGCAUUCAGGAUUUCUUUGGAGCCAAGCACCCAUCUGGUGGUGAAAAGGCAGUGAAAGGACACCCCAGCCCGGGCGAGAAGGACCCCCCAGCCAAGAGGCCGAAGCUCGAGGGGUCCUCGGAGGACAGUGAUGAAGAAUCCAUCAGGCAGAAGCUCGGACGGCUACAGCAGACUGCUUCAGAGUCUCUGAGGAGCGGUCAGGCGGCCGCGGGGACGCCCCGCGCCUCAGGACCGGGGUCCUCGGGCUGCCCCGGAGACUGCUGGGAAGAAACGGGCAAGCUGAUGCUGUUUACAGGGUCGGGGGUCGUGGGAAGGUCAAAGAUCGCAGGGUUCGAUAUUGAUGGGACCAUCGUCACCACGAAAUCAGGGAAGGUCUUUCCGACCGGACCGGAGGACUGGAGGAUUUUGUACCCAGAGAUUCCUCGUAAACUUAAAGAUCUUUUAAAAGAAGGAUACAAGCUCGUGUUUUUCACUAAUCAGAUGGGAAUCUCGAAAGGAAAACUGAAACCGGAGAUCUUCAAAUCCAAAGUCGAGGCGAUUCUGAAACUUUUACGGGUCCCGGUCCAGGUGUUCGUGGCGACGGGUUGGGGAAUCUUCCGGAAGCCUGUGUUGGGAAUGUGGGAAUACCUGCGUGAGAAGGCUAAUGAAGGCGUUGCUGUGGACGUCUCUCAGAGUUUCUAUAUUGGAGAUGCGGCCGGUCGUUCUGUUGGUUUCUCUCCUGGCAGAAGGAAGGAUUUCUCUUGUAGUGAUCGUCUCUUCGCUCUCAAUGCCGGACUCCGCUUCUUAACUCCAGAGGAAUACUUUCUGGGAUGUAAAAAAGCUCCCUUCACCAUGCCAGAGUUCAACCCGAGGAUCUUGGACCCGAACCCCCGCCUCUACGACCCCCCCACGGCCUCACUGACCUCAGAGGAACAGGAAGUGGUCGUUGCCGUGGGUUACCCUGCCUCUGGUAAAUCUACAUUCUUCCAGACUCACUUGGUUCCUGAGGGCUACGUCUAUAUCAACAGGGAUACUCUGGGCUCCUAUCAGAAGUGUGUCUCUGCUUGCACUCUUGCUCUGAGUGAGGGGAAAAGAGUCGCCAUCGACAACACAAACCCGGACCAGGAAUCACGAAGCAGGUAUCUCUCCUGCGCUCAGAAAGCUGGAGUUCCUUGUCGAUGUUUCCUCUUCACCGCUUCACUAGAGAGAGCAAAACACAACAACAGAUUUCGUCAGAUGCAGCCCUGUACAGAGACAGAGCCAGCGAAACAAUACAAACCUCUCUCCUCUCUCCUCUCUCUCAGGAAAAAGUUUGUCGCUCCCUCUCUCUCUGAAGGCUUCUCUGAAAUCCUUCAGAUUCACUUCGUGCCUCAUUUUGACAACAGCCAAUCACAGGCCCUCUACCAGCAGUUCUCCGAGGGCUGAUCCCGCCCACCAGCCAAUCGCAGCCCCAGGGAUUUCAGCCCUGGCCAAUGGGGAGAGAGAGAGAAGAGAAGAGACCAGAACAACAGCAUUGACUGAAACCAGAAUUCUCGUACCUUCUCACUUGACUGUGUUUCAUCAGCUUGAAUUAAAAACUAAUCAACAAUC